AUGGGUGACGGAAGCCGCAAGGCUGUGGUGAAAAAUGCUGACAUGUCGGAGGAGAUGCAGCAAGACGCCAUAGAGGUAGCAACGCACGCCUUUGAAAAAUUCAACAUCGAAAAAGAUAUCGCGGCACACAUCAAGAAGGAGUUUGAUAAGAAGCACUCGCCCACAUGGCAUUGUGUUGUCGGCCGAAACUAUGGAAGCUACGUUACGCAUGAGACGAAACAUUUUAUCUACUUUUACGCUGGUCAGGUGGCCAUUCUGCUUUUUAAAUCCGGUUGA